AUGAAUAUCCAGGGGAAAGGCUUCCCCUUGGACCUUGGAGGAAGCUUUACUGAAGAUGCUCCGAGACCACCGGUUCCUGGUGAGGAGGGGGAACUCGUGUCCACAGAUCCCAGGCCAGUUAGCCACGGUUUCUACUCUGGUAAAAGCGAUGUCAUUAGAAAUGAGACGUCCACGGCAACACCGAGACGCUCCGAUUUGGAUUUGGGGUACGAGCCCGAGGGGAGCGCUUCACCAACUCCACCCUACCUGAAGUGGGCCGAGUCGCUGCACUCCUUACUGGAUGAUCAAGAUGGUAUCAACCUCUUCAGGACUUUCCUGAAACAGGAGGACUGUGCGGAUCUCCUGGACUUCUGGUUUGCCUGCAGUGGUUUCAGGAAGCUGGAGCCGUGUGCGUCUAACGAGGAAAAAAGGCUCAAGCUGGCAAAAGCCAUUUACAAAAAAUACAUCCUUGACAACAAUGGCAUUGUGUCCCGGCAGAUCAAACCAGCCACAAAAAGCUUCAUCAAAGACUGCGUCAUGAAGCUGCAGAUUGACCCUGACAUGUUUGACCAGGCCCAAACGGAGAUCCAGUGCAUGAUAGAAGACAAUACCUACCCUUUGUUCCUUAAGUCGGAUAUUUAUUUGGAAUACACAAGGACAGGUGGGGAAAGUCCAAAAAUUUAUAGCGAUCCCAGCUCCGGGUCUGGGACAGGUAAAGGGCUACCUGGUUAUCUGCCAACUCUGAACGAGGACGAGGAGUGGAAAUGUGACCAAGAGGCCGAGCCCGAGGCCAGCAGGGACUCGGCACCCUCCAGCAGGCUCACGCAGAAGCUGCUCCUGGAGACAGCCACCCAGCGUGCCUCCUCGGCCCGGCGCUACAGCGAGGGCAGGGAGUUCAGGCAUGGGCCGUGGAGAGAGCCUGUUAACCCUUACUAUGUCAACACGGGCUACGCUUUGGCACCAGCCACCAGUGCCAACGACAGCGAGCAGCAGAGCAUGUCCAGUGAUGCUGACACCAUGUCACUGACUGACAGCAGCGUAGAUGGGAUCCCACCCUACAGACUCCGAAAGCAGCAUCGCAGAGAGAUGCAAGAAAGUGCCAAAGCAAAUGGACGUGUGCCACUACCUCACAUUCCUCGUACGUACCGAAUGCCAAAGGAUAUCCACGUUGAACCAGAGAAGUUUGCUGCAGAGCUGAUCAAUCGUUUGGAGGAAGUACAGAAGGAACGUGAAGCAGAGGAGAAAUUGGAGGAGCGCCUGAAACGUGUUCGAGCGGAAGAAGAAGGUGAGGAUGCAGAUAUCUCUUCUGGCCCCUCAGUCCUCAGCCACAAGAUGCCUUCUGCCCAAGCCUUCCAUCACUUUGCUCCUCGUUACUCCGAGAUGGGCUGUGCUGGGAUGCAGAUGAGAGAUGCUCAUGAAGAAAACCCUGAGAGCAUCCUCGACGAGCACGUCCAGCGUGUGAUGAAAACCCCAGGCUGCCAAUCUCCAGGACCCGGCCGCCACUCGCCCAAGCCACGCUCCCCAGAAAGUGGCCACUUAGGAAAGCUGUCAGGGACACUGGGAACAAUUCCUCCAGGGCACGGCAAGCACGCAACAAAAUCAGGAAUGAAACUGGAUGCAGCUAACUUAUACCACCAUAAACACGUCUACCACCACAUCCAUCACCACAGUGUGAUGAAACCAAAAGAGCAGAUCGAGGCCGAGGCCACCCAGAGGGUGCAGAACAGCUUUGCCUGGAAUGUAGAUUCACAUAACUAUGCAACAAAGUCACGAAACUACACUGAAAACUUGGGCAUGGCCCCUGGCCCCAUGGACUCUUUAGGCUACAGUGGGAAAGCAAGUCUGCUCUCAAAAAGAAAUGUUAAGAAGACCGAUUCAGGGAAAAGUGAUGGUGCCAACUAUGAGAUGCCAGGAUCUCCUGAAGAUGUGGAGAGAAACCAGAAGAUCCUUCAGUGGAUCAUAGAAGGAGAGAAGGAGAUCAGCAGGCAUAAGAAAACAACCCAUGGCUCUUCAGGUGCUAAGAAGCAGCUGUCCCACGACGCGGUGCGAUCCCUCUCCAUCGAGCGCCCGGUCGCUGUGCAUCCCUGGGUCAGUGCCCAGCUCCGGAACGUGGUCCAGCCUUCUCAUCCCUUCAUCCAAGAUCCUACCAUGCCGCCCAAUCCAGCCCCCAACCCUCUCACCCAACUGGAAGAAGCUCGCAGGAGGUUGGAAGAGGAGGAAAAAAGGGCUGGGAAACUCCCCGCUAAACAAAGGUUGAAGCUCCUGAAGAGACCAGGCAGCGGCGCGUCCCAGUCGUGCGAGAACAUCGUGGUGGCCUAUUACUUCUGUGGGGAGCCCAUCCCCUACCGCACCCUGGUCAAGGGGCGCGUGGUGACCCUGGGACAGUUCAAGGAGCUGCUGACCAAGAAAGGGAACUACAGGUAUUACUUUAAGAAAGUGAGCGACGAGUUCGACUGUGGUGUGGUCUUCGAGGAGGUGAGGGAGGAUGACACCAUCCUGCCCAUCUUUGAAGAGAAGAUCAUUGGCAAGGUGGAGAAGAUCGACUAGGUUCCAGGGCUGCUGAGGCUUGAGGACAGGACUGUGAAAGACUCUGGGACCGGAGGAGAAGGCCUGGGGCAGACACUGGUGGUGCUACUGCCAUGGGUGCUGGGUGAGCCCCAGGCAGAGGGUGGCCACCUGGCUCUGGCAUGGACCUGAGCAAGUGCCAGGUUGCUGGUGGAAGCUGUUUCACCCCACAAACCUGCCAGUGGGAGCCUGGGCUCCCUCUCCAUACCGAAUAUAAGUGUAAUGUAGCAUUGUACAGUGCAUUAGAAAGUGUAAUAUGACCUUGUUUACUAAAGCUGCAUAUUUUUGAUAUAUUGUAAUAAAAGGAAAAUAUUUCCAAUGUCA